UUUUACCAUCGCAGAACUUGAAGUUUUCUGAAGUCGGAGGCGGAGUGAUUUUAUGCUUUUUAUAAAUUACAAAUAAAAUCUAUAUAGUUUUAUUUAGGUUCUUGCCAUAUAUAACACAAAAUGAAAAUAACUAGAGAUGAUGCUUUUCGAAUUCUCGGUGUUCAAGAAGAAUCAAGUCCUGAUGAAGUCAGAAGUAGUUACAAGCGUCUUGCUUUAAAAUGGCACCCUGACAAACAUGGUGGAACACAAUCUAAAGAAGAAGCUACUCAUAAAUUUCAAGAGGUGUCUGCUGCCUAUAAAAAACUAACAACAAAUGCUGCAGAUAUGGAUGAUGAAACUGAUGAUAGUGACUUUAUGAAUAUUGCUGAAAUGAUGGAACUCUUUGCUAACAUCUUCUUUCAAAAUGGUGGUUGUCGAUAUCCUCAUCAUGCUAUAAAUUGUUGUGAUUGUGAUGUUGGCGGUGAUUAUUAUUAUAGUGAUGAAGAAUAUUAUGGAUAUACUGAUGAUGAAAGUGAACCUGAAUCUCUAGAUAUUGCACACAGGUUAAGGCAUAAAUAUGAAGCACGAAAAUAUAUGACAAAGGACACAAUACAAACACAAUGGAGAGUUACAGAAGAAGAGGCUUUGAAGAAUGCGCGGGAGUUAAUAGCAGAAGAAGAAUUAGAAAAAAGAAGAGAGGAAAAAAAGAAAACAAAACGAAAGAAGAAGAAAGAAAAAAAAAAGCUGAAAGAAAAAGUGAAAAAAGAACAAGAAGUUAUUUUAGAAAAUCAUAAGUCAUUAGCUGAUACCACUACCAAUAGUCCUACUAAUAAAUUUCAUAUAAAUAAAGAAGACAAUAAAAUUCUUUCAAUGGAUUUUUCAACUAAUAGUUUGUCUGUUGAAUCUAUAGAAGACAUUAAAAAUAAAAAUAAUAAUCAAUCAACAGAAAAUGAAAAUAUCAAUAAAAAUAAUUUAUUAUCACGUAAGGAAGACGAACGUAAUAAAAAAAAGAGUAAUCAUAAUUCAAAGAAGGAUGAACUUAUUGAUAAAAAAAAUAAUUCAAAUUUAUCAAAGGAAGAAAAAUCUAGUAAUAAUAAGAACAGUCAUGUUAGUUCACUAAAGGAAGACGAAAAUAGUAAUAAAAAAAGUAAUCAUCUUAGUUCAUUAAGAGAUGAAGAGCGUAACGAUAAAAAAAAUAAUCAUUUAAAUUCAUUGAAAGAAGACGAUCAUAGGAAUAAAAAGAAAAAUCCUCCAAGUUCAACUACAGAAAACGAACAAAGUAAUAAAAAAAAUAAAAAUCAUGAUAAUAAAAAAAUAAAUGGUUCUACAAAGUCUUACAAUUUGCCACAAUAUAAAAAUAAUAUUUUGAAUCCAGAAAGAAAAAACAGGAAUAGUAAAACUGUGGACUCUGAGGGUGAUGAGGAUGCCAUAGAUACAACUAGUGCUUUUUUUCUUCGAGCUGCAAGUAAGGCACCUUCUGUUCAGACAAGUGUUACUUUAGCAACAUCUAUAAAUAAAGAAGAUAAUAAAGACAAAAAAAAAAAUAAUAUAGUAAAGCCACAACAGCAAUCAAAAAAAAUUAAAAAACAAUCUCCAGUAAAUAUAGAACAAUCUGAGCCAAAGACUUCUACAGAAAGUAAUAAUAAUAAUAUUAAUAAUGCAAUUCCAAUAGUUAUAAAUAGAGACAUAAAAUCUGAAGUUAUAGUAGAUAAUGAACAAAUAAUAUUACAAAGUCGUCAAGUUGCUGUUAAAGGCAACCAAAUGGCUCAUGCAUGCGAUUACCAAGGAGCUGUUGCUAUGUUUACAAAAGCUAUUCAAUUAGAUCCAAAUGAUCACAGAUUUUUUGGUAAUCGAUCAUAUUGUUAUGACAGAUUAGAACAGUAUGAAAAUGCAUUAAAGGAUGGAGAUGCUGCUAUACGCCUUGCACCAGAAUGGCCUAAAGGAUACUUUCGAAAAGGUCGUGCUCUAACUGGACUUAAGAGGUUUCAAGAAGCUGAGCAGGUUUUUCAACAUGUUCUUACGCUUGAUCCAGUUUGUGAUGAUGCCCAAUAUGAACUUUUAAAAGUUCGUGUUCAAAUAUUUACUGAUAUGGGAUUUGCUCAGCCUCUUUCAGAACAAGCUGUUCGUACUUAUGGGAAUGUACAACAAGCCCUUGAAGCUCUGCUUGCUGGUAAAGUAAGUGAUGAAGAUGACUUAUACCUGUCAGAUGAGGAAACAGAUGAAGUAGAACAGGAUGUUGAUUUUGUUGACAAAAAAGAAGACAAUUAUUCUCAAGUUAUACAAAACAACAUUAACAACUUAAAAAGUCAACAAAAAACUAGUAUUAGGAAUACUGAGCCUCGCUGUAAUGCUAUAUGGGUGGGAAAUGUAGAUCCAGAAAUGGUAACAGAAAAGCAAAUGAAUCAGCUGUUCAGUAAAUGUGGUAAAGUGUCUAGUGUCAGAAUACUCCCUCAUAAAUAUUGUGCUUUUGUAAAUUUUAUAGACCCAGCCGAUGCUGCUACUGCUAUGGAAAAGCUACAAGGUGUUGGGCUUGGUAAUCAAAAAUUGUUACUACGUUUUCCUAAUAAUCCGCCACCAGGUUCAUAUGUUCCAGAAAAUUCAGCAACACCUCAGACAAAAAAUAAACCGUCUUCAAUAAGUGAAUCUAGCAACGACUCAAGUAAACUUAGCGGACCUGUAAAUGGAAAUGAGUGCUACUUCUGGCGUACUACUGGGUGUGUUUUUGAGAAUCAAUGCCGUUACAAACACGUCCGUGGUCAUAAAGGUGUAGAUCUUGCAAAAGUACAUGCUAAAUAUGGAAAGAUUCCUUGUUAAUCAUAAAUAAUUUCGAGAGUUGUUUAUUUACUUAUCGUCCUAUAACUCCAAAGACUAUUGCGUUAAAUGUCUGUAUGUUGUGACUGUUUUGUUAUGUAUUUGUCAGUGGAAUCUGUGUUUUGUGUCACGUUUUUUACGUCAUUGUCGCCCAUUCAGAUGUAUCAAUCGUUUCAAACGAAAUAUAUAAUUUUGAUAUGAAAAUUAA